AUGAAGGAAGCAGGAGUACAUAUUCGACCAGGAUACAAGACACCGAUCCAAUGCACAGCUGCACACUGCGCAAAUGCGGUCCAGGACAAAAGGCAGGCAUCGACCACCGGGCUCAAAUUACGACCCGGGUGA